AUGAAACGUACGAUACGUGGUAAAAAGCUCACGGCGGCUGCGAAAAAGACAUGCGAUAUUGAAGACCUAUGGAAACUUCAGCUUGAGAAAAUAACAGAGAUGCGAAAAUCAGGCGAUGCUCCGGUGGACACGAUGGGAUGUCACAAAUUGGCGGAUCCGUUGGCAGCUCCCGAGACAUUUCGUUUCCAAGUGUUAUUGGCCCUGAUGUUGUCCAGUCAAACGAAGGACGAAGUCACUUCAGCUGCAAUGAUGCGAUUACGUAAGCACGGUUGUAACGUGGACGCGAUGCUCAGCAUACCGACAUUGGAACUGGAGAAACUACUCUGUCCCGUAGGAUUCUACAAAAGGAAGGCAGUUUACAUUCAGAAAACAGCAGCGAUAUUGAAGGAGAAGUAUAAAGGUGAUGUGCCAGAUUCCAUCGAAGAUCUCUGCUCACUGCCAGGAGUUGGACCGAAAAUGGCACAUUUAGUGUUACAGAUAGCAUACGAUAAGGUAGACGGAAUUGCCGUGGAUACGCACGUGCACAGAAUUGUGAAUAGACUAGGGUGGAUGGAAACAAACACGCCGGAAAAAACGCGCGAAAAACUCCAGAAAAUGUUACCAAGGUCCUAUUGGCCAACAAUAAAUCCACUUCUUGUUGGAUUUGGACAACAGACAUGUCUUCCCGUGAAGCCGAAGUGCGAUAUUUGUCUGUGUCAGGAAAUAUGCCCAUCUUCUACUGCGAAAGCACCGAAAAAGACUGAAGCGAAAUAG